AUGCCUUCUCAACAGUUUUUGGAUGCCGCUGACGCCGUUCAAAAGCUCCCCCACAAGCCCAAUGACAAAGAUCUCUUAAAGGUCUACGGUCUGUACAAGCAGGCCACCGUUGGCGACAACGAUACUGAGCGCCCCGGACUGCUUGACUUCAAGGGCAAGCUCAAGUGGGACGCCUGGGAGGCCAACAAGGGCAUCUCCCAGGAGGAUGCUGAGCAGCAGUACAUUGCCUUCGUCGAGGAGCUCAAAGAAAAGUACAAGUAG